AUCUCCAGAACUGUCAGUGUUCUAUCGCGGAAUUGUAAGGCCUACAACUUGUGAGUGGAUGCAAUAUAUUAUUAAACAUUGAUUAUAAUAAUUACCAGGAACAAAAAAAAAACUGGCUCGAAUCAUUAAAAAAAUAAAUAAUUCUUCCUGCCAAAGUAAAAUAAAUUUUAGAUGAAAAUGAAUGAACUUGUUUGGGGAGUUAAAAACGGCGACAUUGAUCAAGUCAGAGAAUUUGUCGAAAAAAAAAACAUAAAUGUAAACGAAAAGAUUGACGGCAGGACACUGUUGCAUUAUGCUGCUGACUAUGGGCAAAAUGAAGUACUUAGAUAUCUUCUUGACAAAGGUGCUGAUGCUGAUGCAACUGACAAACAUGGUAUAACUAGUCUGUUAUCGGCAAUUUGGGAGGGUCAUACCGGAUGUGUUAAAUUGCUGCUAGAGAAAGGCGCUAAGCAAGAUGGAUUGACACCAGAUGGUAAAACUUACCUUGAUGCAGCUGAAAAAGACGAGAUUAAAAAUCUACUCCGUGAUAGGCACUAACGCACAAAACCAAAAUCAUAAAUAAUAUAUUUAAUAAAUAAAAAUUAAAAGUAUAAAUAAUAAUUAAUGAGUGAAGAUACAAAAAAAAAAAAAAAAAAUAUUAAAUUUCGUUGAUAGUGUGUUGAAUGUUUCUGUAGAUUAUAACUGCUAAUUGUUAUUAAUCUUCUGUAUACAAAUGACUAUUUUUACGUAUGUUCUUUUUUUAAAGUAAUGAUAGUAACUUUUUAGUUUGAUUAUGACUAUAUAAUAUAUUAUAAAUAAUAUAAGUGUGCAAACACAAUGUCCGUGAGCUUUUAAAAAUCUGUUUUAUGCUUAAAUUUAUGUACUGAGUAAAGAAAACUAUUGUUACUAUUACUCAUUGCCGCGUAGCUUUAUUAAUACUAUUAUAAAAAUAAAUAAUAAAUAUUUGAGAGCGUAUAUAUAAUUAAUAAUGUAUUAUGAUAGUACUGACGACGGCAUCUGCUAAUUAAAAUAUAAAAAAAAUUUUUUUAUUUCUGUUUUAAUAAGCCUAAACAAAUUUUAUUAAUAAAAGAGAGUGAAUAAAUAAAUAAAAAAAAAAAGAUUGAUAAAUAUUUAUAAAUGUCAAAUAAAUAUACGACGCUUAUUAUUUUUUAAAUCUGUGCCUCGCUUAAUAUUAUUUAGUUAUAGGAAUAUAAAAGUUUGUAUGUACAAGUAUAAAGAUUGAGUGAAAUUGAUGAUUAGCACGUUGUGACUUUAAUUCAUUUUAUAGGAAUAAAUCAAAAUAUAUUUAUAAUAUACUAUUAAA